CAAUAUACUCUGCAUGGUCGUUUCUUGCCAACACGUUCCUUUCGUGCAUGUCCAGCAGUGCUGACAGCAUAAGUGAAAAGACUGGAAAGAAUUCAACUGUCAAACUUGAUUUAAUCCGUUUAAGCCGGUCGAAUGUGUUACACUACUGGCACGUGUGUUUAAUAGUAUAACACAUAAUAUAUUCUAUAUUAUAAUGCGACUCGAUGGUGCAUGUUGUUAAUAAGAAGCAGACAUGGAGAAGAUUACAGCGGACGAGUUGAUUCCGAAAUUAAUUUCCGGCACGUACGAAGAAUUUUGUGAAAAUGUUGUUGUAUUUUUAGACAAUUACAAUAAGAAGACCAGUUUUGAUGAACUGAAUAAUAAUUGUUUACGGGAGAAACUAUGGAAGAUAUUAUUUCAUCAUUUAACAAAUCAAACAUAUUUAGACCACCGACAUCAUUGCUUGGCUGCUUUAAGGAUACUCAGUCGAGACAAAACUAAUUUAGAUGAAUUAAUUACUGACAAUGCAGUAAAAAUUAUAUUGCUAAAUGCAGGAUUGACAAAAAUAUGUGAUGAAGAACAAAUUUCAUAUACAGUGGUCAUGAUAGAAUCAUUGAAGUUGCUGUGCAACUUAUUAUUUAAUAGCGUAAGAAUGCAACGAUCGAAAGUACUAAUAUCCUCUUUGCCUUAUCUGAUGGACCGUAUUAGAAAUUAUACAAAUGACACUCCUUAUGAUGUCAAACUGUUUGACAUGAGAAUACUGUUUCUGAUCACUGCAUUAAAUACUUCCACAAGAGAUAUAGUCAAAUGUGACUUGUACGGUGACGUAUAUCUUAUUAAAAUAAUAGAGGAUUUUGUGACACGAAAUCAAGAUAAUGACGAGACAACCGUUAUUAAGACUGAAGAAAUCAUGGUAAUUUGCGAAGUUUUAAAAGUUCUAUUUAAUUUGUACAUACAGUCAGAUGACACUGAGAUUGAGGAUCAAGAGAAACAUAGAAACUUGGUGUUGAUUUUGUAUAAACUAUUAAUUCUUAAAUACUCAACACAACAAGAUGAUCUUGAAAGCAAUGUCAUCAAUUUGUUAACUGUAAUAUCGUACAAUUGUUAUGCACCGAUUGUACAACCCGUUAAAUAUAACGAUCGCAAGAGUGUGUACCAAGGUAUGGACAUGAGUGCCAUGUGCGUUUUACUUAGAUUCUUAGAUCAAAAAUUGAAUUGUAAAACGCACUUGAUCGAGAACAUCUCCCCGGUGGUUACCGCUCUGAUCAGACUCAUCAAGUCGGAGAGAGUUAUUCGCAAAUACGUAAGAUUGCAGAUUCUACCUCCGUUGAAGGACGUGAUGAAUCGGCCUGAAGAAGGAACAACGUUGAGAGCUAAAUUAUGCAAGUUACUGACAUCGCCUCUUAUCGAAUUACGCGACCUGGUUGCAGAACUAUUAUUUAUCCUUUGUAAAGAGAAUGUUAAUCGCAUGGUCAAAUAUACGGGGUACGGAAAUGCGGCGGGAAUGUUCGCUAAGAAAGGAUUGUUGGGGCACAACCAGGCGGAAACGGCGUAUUCUUCCCAAUCGGAAGACAGCGAGACGGAAGAAUACCUCAAGUAUAAAGAACAAAUAAAUCCGGUAACCGGGUGUUUCGAGCAUCCCAAGCCAAAUCCGCUCGAAGGCAUGACGGAGGAGCAAAAGGAAUUUGAAGCCUUACAGCUGGUAGAUCUUGUUGAUAAAUUGACGAGGGAGGGAGUCGUACGCCCUUGCCGCAUUGGAGAAGAUGGAAAACCAAAACCGAUAGAACACGUUCUCGAAUUGCAAGGCGAACUACCGAAGCAACAGUACGGUCGGAAAGACUCAGAUUCCGAGUAGACACGAGAUUAUACACAUUUUCAAAAUAUGCAAAGAAAAUCGGCGAUGUGAAGAUGUAACGAUAUUACGAAUAUAGACACUUAAAUUGGA